AUGGCUGCACACACACCGCUGCCCCCCAACCUGCGCCGGGGGCUGACGGCCUUCAGCGGCGCCCUGUUCUCCACCAACAAGACAUGGGACAGCAGCACUGCUCACCUCUACCAUCCAGUGCACGAGGUGCUGGCCAGCCUGCCCCUCCAGGUGAUGCUCUACUUCAACGUCUGCUACUUCCCCUGCUGGUGCCUGGCUGAGGGCAUGAUGCUACAGCUGAAGUACAACCUGCUGCCCCGCUACUACCAGCUCCUCCUGCUCGCUGCCUUCCUCAUCCUCACAAUGGCCGAAGGAGCCCGGCUCUACCUGGGCUACAUUGGGAACCUGCAGGAGAAGGUGCCUGAGCUUGCUGGCUUCCUCCUUCUCUCCAUCCUGAUCCAGCUGCCCCUCCUGCUGUUCCUGCUCACGGACCACCUCACCAUCCGCCUGCCGCUGGAGCUGGCCGUGCACAGCCUUCUGCUGGCCUUCCUCAUCUGUGAGGUGGUGGCUGCCUUCCUGGCACUGCGGUCAAUGAGCAGGCAGCUGGCAGCUCAGUUCUACCUGCGGCAGUUCAAGGUGGGCAGGCAGGGUGAUGCUGUGGGACACGAUCCACCCCACUGA